AUGAUAAUCGUGACUGAAUGCUCCCAAUGGCAAGAGAUCCGCAAAACCUUAGCCCACAAAAGCAUAGGCCUGGUGCACACGAUGGGCAACCUGCACCCUGGUCACAUCAGUCUGUGUCAACGCUCGCAAAAGGACAAUGAGGUGACAGUUGUGGCCAUAUUUGUGAAUCAGACACAAUUCAAUAACCCGGAUGACUACCGAUACUACCCGCGCACACUCGAACAGGACAAACAGCUCCUACACCAGCAGAAGGUGGACUACCUGUUCAUACCUACGUACGAGGACAUGUACCCGGAUAACUACCAGAUACAGGUGCUGGAGACCGGCGAGAUAGGGGCGCACCUGGAGGGUGAGCAUAGGCUCGGACACUUCACCGGUAUGUUGACCAUUGUGUUGAAGCACUUGAAUGUCAUACGACCCACACAUUCGUAUUAUGGAGAAAAGGAUUACCAGCAGUUGAUGUUGAUUGAGAAAAUGGCCAAGGCUCUAUUUCUACCGGUCACUAUAGUAGGCUGUCCUACCAUUAGGGCUGACAAUGGGUUAGCCUUGAGCUCUAGAAAUAAUCGGUUGUCUGAGGAAAGUCGUGUAAAAGCUGCUAAACUACCGGUUAUUUUAAGGGAUAGCCUGACAGUAGACGACGCCUUUGAAAGGUUAACCGAUUUGGGGUUUAAAGUGGAUUACGUGUGCGACCGGUGGGACAGGCGGUUGGCAGCCGUUUGGUUAGAUAAUGUCCGCCUUAUUGAUAAUAUAGCUCACGAUAAACUGGGUAAACGUGAGACUAGUAAUAUAAAAAUUUAA